AUGCCAAUUCGCAAUAGGCGUGCCGCAGUCUCCCCUUCGCGAGUUUCCCGCCGCCUUCGCCCCCACACGUUCCUAUCCGCCGCCUUCGCCCCCACACGUUCUUAUCCGCCGCAUUCGCCCCCACACGUUCUUCCCGCCGCGUUCGCCCCCACACGUUCUACCCGCCGCAUUCGCAAUGCGGCGUCCCCCCAGCCGCACGUUUCCUACCACUUAUUCUCCAUUCCCCCUGCUACCCCUAUCAUACUCUCCCUCCCCCCUGCUACCCCCUGUCAUUCUCCCUCCCCACUGCUACCCUUGUCAUCCACCCUUCCCCCUGCUACCCCUAUCAUUCUCCCUUCCCCCUUGCUACCCCUAUCAUUCUCCCUUCCCCCUUGCUACCCCUAUCAUUCUCCCUUCCCCCUGCUACCCUUGUCAUUCUGCCUGGCCCCUUGCUACCCUCGACAGUCCUCCCUCCCCCCUGCUACUCUUGUCAUUCUCCCUUUCCCCUUUCUACCCCUGUCAUUCACCCUUCCCCCUUUCUACCCCUGUCAUUCACCCUUCCCGCUGCUACCCCUAUCAUUCUCCCUUCCCCCUUGCUACCCCUAUCAUGCUCCCUUCCCCCUGCUACCCCUAUCAUUCUCCCUUCCCCUUGCUACCCCUAUCAUUCUCCCUUCCCCCUGCUACCCUUGUCACUCUCCCUUCCCCCUUGCUUCCCCUGUCAUCCACCCUCCCCCCUGCUACUUCUGUCAUUCUCCAUUCCCCCCGCUACCCCUGUCAUUCUUCCUUCCCCCUUGUUACCCCUAUCAUCCUCCUUUCUCCCUUGUUACCCCUAUCAUUCUCCCUUCUCCCUUGUUUCCCAUGUCAUUCUCCCUCCCCCCUUGCUACCCCUAUCAUUCUCCCUUCCCUUCCCCUUGCUACCCCUAUCAUUCUCCCUUCCCCCUGCUACCCUUGUCACUCUCCCUUCCCCCUUGCUUCCCCUGUCAUCCACCCUUCCCCCUGCUACUCUUGUCAUUCUCCAUUCCCCCCGCUACCCCUGUCAUUCUCCCUUCCCCCUUGCUACCCCUAUCAUUCUCCCUUCUCCCUUGUUACCCAUGUCAUUCCCCCUUCCCCCUUGCUACCCCUAUCAUUCUCCCUUCUCUCUUGUUACCCAUGUCAUCCUCCUUUCCCCUUUGCUACCCCUAUCAUUCUCCCUUCCCCCUUGCUACCCCUAUCAUUCUCCCUUCUCCCUUGUUACCCAUGUCAUUCUACCUUCCCCCUGCUACCCCUAUCAUUCUCCCUUCUCCCUGCUACCCCUAUCAUUCUCCCUUCCCCCUGCUACCCUUGUCACUCUCCCUUCCCCCUUGCUUCCCCUGUCAUCCACCCACCCUUCCCCCUGCUACUCUUGUCAUUCUCCAUUCCCCCCGCUACCCCUGUCAUCCUCCCUUCCCCCUUGCCACCCCUAUCAUUCUCCCUUCUCCCUUGUUACCCAUGUUAUCCUCCCUUCCCCCUUGCUACCCCUAUCAUUCUCCCUUCUCCCUUGUUACCCAUGUCAUUCUCCCUUCCCCCUUGCUACCCCUAUCAUUCUACCUCCCCCCUGCUACCCCUAUCAUUCUCCCUUCCCCCUGCUACCCCUUGCGGAGAUAA